AUGACAAGUGAUAACGUCAACCUUUAUCCUAUUAAUGCAACUGAUCCCGUUGCUGAGCCUCAACCCGAAUCACCACUGACUGAAAUUCCUCAAGAAAUCCUCGAUGAAUUACUAGGAAGGGAUUCUAAUUCUACAGAUGAUGAAAUUGUUCAUUCUAACCCUCUAAAUUCCCCUUCUGUUUCCAUAGAUCCCUUAGCGAUACCCGACGAACCUUACGCUCAAACAGAACCAGAACCGCAACCUUCGACUAGCUGCCAAAAUCCUGAAACCUUACCUGUAUCAACUUACCCAAGUCCAGAAACUCCUCAUUCAGUACCUGAAAGUAUAUUAUUAUCUGACAAAUUUUUUAAAAUCACCUACAAAAUUAUA